CCUUCACGACCCUGCUGGUUCGUCGGAUCCCGUCACGCGUCGUGCAUUUGUGGACAUCAUACGGGGAUGGAGUAGAGGGAAGUAUGGGUCCAAGUGAAGAAAAAACGGUCGACAUUUAUCGUGACACAUGGGUCCGCUUUUUAGGCUAUGCCAAUGAAGUCGGGGAGGCCUUCCGUGCGCUGGUGCCAGUGAGCUUUGUUUGGGGCAGCUAUGCUGUGGCCACUGCUUAUGUUACCGCAGAUGCAGUGGACAAAGGCAAAAAAGCAGCUGUGGCCCACGGAGACAAUCCAGGGAAGACGACACGAGUGGCAGUAGCGGUCGUGGACACGUUUGUGUGGCAGGCCCUGGCUUCUGUGAUCAUCCCGGGCUUCACCAUUAACCGGGUGUGCGCUGCGUCCCUGUAUCUGCUGGGCAAGUCCACCAAGUGGCCUCUGCCUGUUCGCAAGUGGACCACCACAGCUAUUGGGCUCUCCACCAUCCCCUUCAUCAUCACUCCAAUAGACAGGUCAGUGGAUUUCCUGCUGGACUCGAGCCUUAGGAAGGUCUACAAUGAUGGAAAGAAGCAUGAAUAAAGAGGAUCAUGCAGACUGGAAGCACACCAGUCUGCAAACUUGCCCCGAUUAUGCAGACACUCUGGAAAGCAGCCAUGUCAUGGUGCAAGAUUUCAAACUCACUUGGUGAUAUAACUGUAUUACCAUAGUUUUUAUGAUGGAGCUGGAUAUUUAUGUACAAGGUCAGGUGAUUUAAAGGGAAAUCCUGCUCCAGAGUAGGCUCAGUUUUAACCUCAGGGCAGUGUGGGUUGUAUUACCAAAAAUAAAUCUUAAUGAGAAUGUAGUAAUAUAGAAAUGAUACAUCUUCACUUUACCUGCUUGUUUAGCUUAGGUAUAAUAACAAAUUCCUAGAAGACAAGGAAAACUUCAAACGUUGCCAUCUUUUAAAAGAGCUGAAUUUUUUUUACUCUGGCUUGUGAAGCAGCACUUAACUAAACAUCAAGGUGCAUUUGUAUCAGUGAACUCUUGGUGUGUUAUAGUUAGCCAUAUUCAAUGGCACUGUAGUAUAAUGGCAGGUCAAUGAGCCAGGUCACUGUCAAAGUUUUCCCUUUACUUCUUUUUGAAGAUAAAGGUUUCUGUUACUGAAAAAAAAACUGCAGCACUUAACAGACAUUACUUGGUGUACUUUUUUCUAAUUUUUAAUUUUAUUUUGAAGGUUAAUGAGCUUUCACUGACAGCCUUCUUUACACAGUAGUUCCAGCUUCUUUGAUUCUAUGCACUAUAAAAUCAGUUUACGGUGAGAAAUGGCAAUUUUAGAUCAUUUAAUACUGUAUAGAGUACUGAGUUUUAUAUCUACUGUAGGUAUACUCUGCCUGAGCCAAUAAAAAAGCAAAACUGUACAAUUUGACUUUACCUCCAAAGGCUGGGGAUUGAAAUCACAUUUAGUUUUUCAGUUCUCAGAUUAGAUACAUCAGACAUUAGGUAAUGGUGAUCUCUGAAUAGAUAUUAGAAAUGAAUAACACAUUUUAAGAUGCUGUUUGUGAAAAUUGUGACACUAUAAGUCAGAUGAUGCAAUUCAUAAUGAGCUAUGCAAGGGAAACAUUGUACAGAUGAGUUUAAAAUUGCAAGAAUUGUUUCCUGCAUUUAAAAAAAAUACUCAAUUUACAAAUAUUUAGAAAUUAAGAAGGGAAAUCUGAUUAGAAUUGCAGGUAUCUGAGAACGCUACUCCAGGCAUCUGUUUAAAGGGGCAGUAUUUAUGUAAAAUUGACUUUUUUGAGUUUUAUAUUGUGUUCUAAUGUUAUUCCCUCAUCAAAAA